AUGCCUACGUCACUUACCAUAGAUAUACUAUUCAUGACACUGGCUCAUUUGACACUUUCUUUCGAGGUGUUGGUCUGUCGGCGCUCGGCAGAGAUAAAAUAUCAGAGAAGUAAAUACAUUGAAAAUAAAUUAAAUUCUAAUGUUGUAAGUGGCUACAGUACUGAAAUGACAAACAAGGAGGGACAAAAGAAAAAUGUCAGUAGUUCUCUGUGGUCAGACAUAGCAAAGUCAGAAUCACGUCAAAAUAACAACAAUUGUGAGAAACAAAACAACUCAGGAGAAACCAGCAACAACCCAACAAACAACAAACAAACUGGAAAAAAGACAGCUAUGAAAAUAAUCGGUAAAAAAGUUUCAAAUGAUUGCAAACUGAAGGCAGAUAAAAUCUUAAUGAAAAAAUCUGUGUUCUGUUUAAGCAACGUCAGCAAGUGCCACAGAAAUGAUGUGAUGGCCUACUUAACCGACAAUGGUAUCCAUGUUGUUUCCUGUUAUCCCGUACUCAAACAAUUCAAUAAAAUGGCACCAGCUUCUACAGCCGACGUCAACAACAAUAAUAAUAGUCAAACUGAGAAUAAAAAAACAGAUGAAGAAGAAUCCAGUACGUUUAGAGUUUGCAUCGAUAGCUCUGAUUCUAAGAAAAUGAAAGACCCUGACAUAAUGCCCCAGCACAUUAUAGUACGCGAGUGGCAAUUCAAUAAGAAACCAGAAACAAUUGUCGAUCAAACAAAAAAAGAUGGAUAA